UGUUAAGCUCCCCUUCGCUUUGCUCCUGUAGUGCAGUCCGGACAUGGCCGAAAAACACAUGUGCACCGACCGAAGCAAAUCCGCCUGAUAACUUUACCGUUUAAACGGGUUGUUUGAGGUUUAAACGUUGGACAUUCCGCGCGACGUAAAGGACGAUAAGAAAUAAAAUCAACAGGUCUGAUCUGAACUCGCAGGUUUGCUGAAAUGCCUCACAGGAAGAAGAAGUCCUUCAUAAGCAAGAAGAACGCUGUGUCGUUCCACCUGGUGCACAGAAGUCAGAAGGAUCCAUUGGCGGCGGACGAGAAAGCGCCUCAGCAUGUCCUCUUACCUGCCUCAAAGAUCGAGACAGAGAAGAGAAAGGAGGAGCAGCGGAAGUUCGGGGUGUUUUUCGAUGAUGACUACGAUUACCUGCAGCACCUCAGAGAGACGGCAGUGCCCACAGAGCUGGUCUCCGCCCCACAACCUCGCCAAGACACACGAUCUGUGACCUUAGAGGAGGAGGAGGGCGAGGAAGAGGCGGCCUCAAUCAACCUGCCUUCAUCUGUGUUUGCGUCAGAGUUUGAGGAGGAAGUGGGUUUGUUAAACAAAGCAGCUCCUGUAUCAGGCCCGAGGCUGGAUUUGGACCCAGACAUCGUGGCGGCGCUGGAUGAUGACUUUGACUUUGAUGACCCAGAGAACAUGCUGGACGAUGACUUUGUAGUCAAGGCCAAUGACACAUUGCCAGGAGACGCCAACACAGGAGAUGAAGGUGACGAUGAUGAGUGGACGGAUGAGGACGAGAGUGUAGAGGAAGAGGACGAGCAGAACUACGACUCGGCAGGUGGCCUGUCGGAAGACGGUGACGAGUACGAAGGUGGCGAACGUCUGUUUGCGUUCAUGGACUGUGAGACGAAGAGCCGCUUCACGGAAUAUUCACUCUCCUCCUCCGUCAUGAGGAGGAAUGAACAGCUCGCGCUGCUCGACGAGCGCUUCGAGAAGUUCUUUGAGCAGUUUGAUGAUGAUGAGAUUGGUGCGCUGGAUAACGCAGAGCUGGAGGGCUAUAUUGACCCCGGCAGCAUGCGGCUGGAGGAGGUCAUAAAGGACUACUUCAAACAGAAGGAGAAAGAGUACCAGAAGCCAGAGCAACUGGGUCCGGCUCAGCUGCCCUCAGUGAAGGAAGAGGAGGAGGAGGGUGAAGUACAGGAGAUGGAAACGCUGGUUAUUGAAGAGCCGCCUGUGGACAAAUGGGACUGCGAGACCAUCAUCAGCACAUACUCAAAUAUCUACAAUCAUCCAAAACUGAUAGAAGACCCACCUAAGCUCAAGCAGAUCCGUGUGUCCAAUAAGACUGGAAUUCCUCUGGAUGUUCUGCCUAAAAAGGGGCUAACAGCCCGACAGGUGGAGCGGAUGGAGAGAAUAAACGACUCUGAUCUUCCCAGAGCUUCCACACAGCCUCGUUCAAGAGAGGAGAGCAAAGAGGACCGCAAGCUCAGAAAACAAGCUAUUAAAGAUGAGAGAAAGGAGCGCCGGAUGGAGAAGAAGGCCAAUAAAGUGGCAUUUAAGCAAGAGAAAAUUAUGCAGGAGAAGCAGAUGGUUAGCCUGAGGGCUAAUGUACAAGGCAUGAAGCUGUCAUAGCCUCAAUGGACACCGACAAGUGGGACUUUGGAGGCGUUUUGUUCCCUGUAUGAUUUUCACAGAAUAAAUAGGUGUUUUCAUUUGGUGGUGCAGGAUUUAAUACAGACAAAAGCAGCUGCUGUGCAGACAUGGCCUGUUGGUGGUCAGACAUACAUCAGAGACUGAAUUCUCUCAGUGAGGGUGGUUUGAUUUGUUGGAUCGGCUCCUUUUAUGAGGCCUUGCUCAUGACCUCAUGAUAUAAAGUCAGUUAAUAGUUAAUUUGAAUAACAUCUUAUCAGGGAUUUCAAUCUGUGUCUUCACUCCACCCACUUCUUGUUUAUUACUGGAAAUCAAACCCGGGACAAUCUAGAACUUUGAGUCAAAGUUCCAUAAUGGAACACUUCAGGAGUUUUUGAUUAUUACAUCACAAUGAGCGUGUCAUAAUGGGCGGAGCUACAGUUCUGAAAGUGUGCAGGUUUUUUAUGGUGGUUGUUAAAGCGAUCUGAGUAUCUGUAACACUGGUUGCCCUUCAUACUGAAUGGCAGAAAUGUUCAGUAAACAUGAAUUAAAACGAAUCAUCUGUUUGAGAAUCUGAGACAAGAACACGACACAAGCUUUAACAUGACUUUCUAAGGAUGAAUCUGUUUAUAGCACAAAACAUAAAUCUGGACAUACAUAAGAAACUCGUAAAUGUUUACAGUAUAUCAGAGAGUAUUUCUUAGAUCGGAGUAUGGUCUAGAAAUCAGGUUGAGAGUGAGCUGGAUUUUAGCCUGGUGAUCAGAUUUCUCAGUACAUAGGUACCCUUGCUCUGAUUUCUUUCGGAUUUGUUCACAUUGUCACAAAGUCUCACAACG